UAGCCGCACUCACUCACCGGCCCCAGCUUCCCUUCUUCGUCGUCUUCUUCUUCUUCUUCUUUUUCUUGGCGGCUCAUUUGGUCUCCGUGCUGAACCAGAUGGCGAAGGCGCGGAGGCGUCGCGUGCCGGCGUUCGGGGAGUGGAACUACAACUACCACCACGACGAGCCGGAGGCGACAGCGGCACUUCCGCCGGCCGUUGUUGCACCGGCCGCGUGGUACGCCACGCCGGAGCCGGAGGCCUGCAGCGACGUGUGGUUCAGGUACUCGCCUCCCCCGCGCAAACCCACGCCCAAGAAGCAGGCGAGGAGGCGGCCCGAGGGCGACGUGUCCCGGGAGCGUUCCAAGGCGUCCUGGGACGCCGCCGUGGCCAAGAGCGGCGACUCCAGGCGGGUGGUGCAGCCGGUCGACGGGGACCUGUACCGGGUGCCACCACCGGAGCUCGCCUCCCACCGGCGGCCAACGAAGAAGUGGAGCCUGUGGAUGGGAUGCCUGGGCCUCAACUCAUGCGUCGACUGAACCCAACAUGUCCUGAUGAUCGAUGGGAUGCUGCGUGCAUGUACAUCGGCAGUGUUUAUUUGCCCUUUCUGUUGGAUAUACACUAGUUCUGUCCGGUUGGUAAUAUAGGUGGUUUUACAACCUCGAAGUAAUUUUUAUUACGAUUCAUGUGCU